AUGCCUCAUGGAUCUCCGGAUUCCUCUGUGGAAUCCGAUGCCCAGAGUGGACUUUUUGACCUGCCAGCAACUUCGGUCGAGACCUCGUACAGCUUGCUCCCACAACGCGGAUAUGCACCUACCCCCAAUCUCAUAUCAACGGUUCCGGCGUGGAAACAGACCCAACAAAAAGAUCCCUCCGAUUCCGCGUCUGAUCAGAGCUCAAAGACAACUCCACCAUGGAGCUUUUGCAUUGCUUCCGAAAACGCAGCUAAGCAGAAUGCCCGUGCGACCAUGUCACGCAACUUGAUCCGCAUAUACCACGACAGCUUGGAGAAUGCUUUGUCAUGCUGGCUGACAGAGCACAAUUGCCCUUACAGCGACUCGAUCAGCCAAGUGGUUCCUCGCCGAGAGAUGAAAGAAUGGGGUCCGAAUUGGUCAAAUAGGAUGUGUAUUCGCGUCUGUCAGCUGGAUCGCGUAUCUUCUUCAUUACGAGGCAGAGCCUUAAGUGCAGAAGAAGACAUGAAAGCCGCCCGAGCGCUUCAUUUGGCAAUUAUGUCAUUUGCAUCGCAGUGGACGCAACAUGCACAAAGGGGCGCUGGUGCAUCGGUUCCCUCGGCAAUCGACCAGGAUGAGAGAUCAAUCCGACGGAAAGUCUGGAAUGAAGCACGACACGCUUUGGACAACUCGAGCAGCAUUCCAUCUUUUCGUAUUGCUUUUGCAAAUGUAAUCUUUUCUUUGACGCAAAGCCCGCUGGACAAAGAACAGGAUGCAGGCUUGAAUGAGCUUUUGGAAAAUGAUCGUGCACCAAUAUUUCUGGAAACAGCCAACCGUCAAAUAUUCACUUUUUGGCACAAGUUCACGAGAAUGCAGCGAGAAGCUACUUCCAAAACGAGGGAGCUUGGAAGAAGUCCCAUAGACCCAACCACGGCGAACGCUCGGGGGAUGCCACAACCGUCAGAACCUCUACAACUCGAGCCACUUCUGACUAGCCAAGAGCACCGCACCACACUAAGUCUCAUGUUCUGGUUGGGUGUUAUGUUCGAUAGCCUAAGCGCUGCGAUGUAUCAGCGCCCUUUGGUUGUGUCGGAUGAGGAUAGCCAAAUUUCUUCGUCGUCACCCCCAAUAGCCCAACCCGCAGAUCAAGUUUGUAUUAGUGACUGGGAUAAAAUCAACCGACACGAGAAACCGGACGUGUGGGGUGAUUUCUUCCUUCGCUCCUCGAUAGCACGUCAUGAAUCGAACCAAAUUCCGCUGAGGUGGCCAUGCUCCUACGAAGAAGCUGCAUCCAUACUUUCAGAGGCAACGCCUGUCAAGGUUCUACUCUACCGUCGAGUCACACAGCUCCAAACCCUUGUCUACCGAGGGGCAAGUCCUGAUCAUCUGGAAGGUGUCAUCCAGAAGACCCUCCUGGUCUACCAACACUGGGAUUCCACAUACCAGGGGUUCAUGUUCGAUUGCGUCACCAAUCAUGAACUGCUUCCUUCUCGCAUACAGUCAUGGUAUGUCAUCCUCGACGGCCACUGGCACCUCGCCGUGAUGCUGUUUGCAGACGUGCUAGAGAACAUCGACAAAUGCAGACUCGGUUCUGAUGCUGCGCGUGAGGCGCGGCGAGUUACGCACUUGAUUUCUACUCUCAGAACGGAAAAUGCAUUGGCAGUCGGUGGACUUGCCCGGGCGUCAAUACAAGGGCAUGACUCGUUCAUGAAUCGUCAUUUCCAUGAUUCUCUCAGUGAAGUGGCUUUCCUAGUCGAGCCGUGGACAGCGGUACUAGUUCAUUCUUUUGCCAAGGCAGGAUACAUCUUGCUAGAAAAUUUGGACAUCUCUGCAGAUCAAAAUGUGUAUACUGAGUGUCUACGGCAGAAUUGUGAGUUCUCAAUUCGUGCGCUCCAAUAUCUCGGCAGAAAGUCCGAUAUGGCCUUUUUGGUGGCUCGGAAUCUGUCAAAAUCUUUAGAGGCAAAUUUAGCCUCGUCAUCGUGA